AUGCCGGAAUCCAAGCCACCCAUUCGUUCCAUCAUCCAAGAAGAGCCUCCUGAUACAGGAUUAGACAAGAGAGAUGGACUAGAAACGGCUUCCAUCAACGAUAACGAAUCAGUACAACGUCGUGAAGAAGAUUCAGAGUUGGGAUCUGGAGGCAACUAUCAAUUCGAGCAGCAGGAAGAGCGUGUAGGAUCGACUUAUGUGGUUGUUGCGGUUGUUGUUCUCGCAACUCUUGUAUUCAGCGCCGCAACCACUCUUUUGGUCAGCUCCAAUCAACAGAAAUUUCGGUCAGAGUUUGAGAGUUUUACCAGAGAGUUCAAUGAAAAUGCUUUGAAUAACUUGGACACGAUUGUUGGACAGUUGACAACUUUGGCAGUGGCCAUCACAUUUGAAAAUGUAGACCUUGGAACGGCGCCGAACAUUACGAUUCAAAAUUUGGAUCAGCGGGCACAAGGGAUGGCUGACUUUUCUGGGAUUGAUAUGAUCUUGUAUGCUCCGAUUAUAGAGCGAUCUCAAAAGUCUGGUUGGCAGAAGUAUGCCGCAAUAUCAUCACAAGAAUGGAUUGAGCAAGACUUUAAAUAUCGUGGUUGGAAUUUGUCUUCAGUCGACCCUAUUGCAGACGAAGUUUUCAGCAGUGACUUUGAAUUUGAUACUGACAUCACAAGCGAAGAAAAGAGAGAAAUCGAAGCAACUGAUGUGUACAUAGAUCAAGCCUUGGCAAAUAGUGGUUAUUCUAGCGGGUCGAUCAACAUUCCUAUCUCUCAGUUUGGACCUGGCUUGGUGAAUUCUUCCAUCAUCAUGAUGGAUCUACUCUCUCACCCAACAUUGGGCAAAGACCUGAGCAUCAGCCUACAGUACACAGAACCGGUGCUAUCCGAGCCAAUCGAUUUAUCAUUUCUAAUCGACCACAUUCUUUCUCCCACAAACUACACCAACGAAACCAAGCAAAGCUAUAUCGUCUACCCGGUUCGGGAGGGCUUGAGAGACGAUGCCGACAUCAUGGGAUUCCUGGUUGGAAUCGUUUCUUGGGAGAGGUUGCUCAAUCUUGAAAUCCCAUCGACCGUGAACGGUAUCUAUACUGUGGUCAAAAGCAAUUGUGGUACUGAGUUCACCUACAUUCGCAACGGGGGCAAGCCAUCGUUCUUCGAAUCGGGUGACACUCAUGACACACAGUUUGACCUGAACAAGGUGUCGUACCCAUUCUUUGAGAAGCAAGCGGGGGAUAACGGUGAAGCGGGGGCAGAAUUCUGUCAGUUUGAUCUCAACAUUUAUCCGUCGAACGAAUUUCGAGAUAGUUUCGAUCCCCUUGACCCGUCAAUUUAUGCAGGGCUGAUGGUCUUUGCCUUUAUAUUCUUUGGAGCAAUCUUCUUCCUAUACGACCGGUAUACUCAAAAAAGGCGGAAGGAACUUUAUGAACAGGCAAGGCGCGCCGAGGCAAUUGUGACAUCCGUGUUUCCAGAGGGCGUUGGUUUGCGCCUCCUUCAACAAUCUCAGCGGGAAGCCACGAAUCCUCAAUCCUCCAAGAAAAUGCUGAACUCCUUCCUUUCCAAGAAUGAAAUUGCCGAGGAGAAUCUCCGGCGUAAACCCAUUGCGGACUUGUUUCCUAGCACGACCGUCAUGUUUGGCGACAUGGUUGGCUUUACGGCCUGGUCUUCCACUCGGGAACCAUCACAAGUCUUCAUUUUACUCGAAACCAUCUACAAGGAGUUCGAUAGACUGGCAAAGAAGCGAGAAGUGUUCAAAGUAGAGACAGUGGGCGAUUGUUAUGUGGCCGUUUGCGGGCUGCCAGAGCCCAGGAAAGAUCACAUGACACGUAUGGCUUUAUUCGCAUCAGACUGCUUGACAUCAAUGUCAGUGCAGGUGCAGAAUUUGGAGGAAGAGCUUGGACCGGAAACUGCAGAUUUAGGCAUUCGGAUAGGAUUGCACAGUGGUCCGGUGACCGCAGGGGUAUUAAGGGGAGAUCGUGCAAGAUUUCAAUUGUUCGGUGACACAGUGAACACCUGUGCUCGUAUCGAGACUACAGGGAACAGGAAUAAGAUUCAUAUGUCAAAAGAUACGGCAGAUUUGUUGACCAAGGCGGGGAAGAGUAAUUGGAUCAUGCCAAGGAGUGACAAAGUUUAUGCAAAAGGAAAGGGGGAGAUGCAAACUUUUUGGAUGAAGCAUUUAACAACCGAGGAUGGAGUCUCAGUGGGUGACGGAAAACAAAGAAGUGACAAUGUGCUCCCGUCCUCAUUUUCUCAUUCCAAGCGUCGGGUAGCAUUGGAUGGUACUAUUAAGCGAAAGCCUCAAGAUCUCACCCAGAGAAAGUUUGACCGUCUGGUCAAUUGGAACGUGGAUGUGUUGAUUACACUGCUGAAACAAGUUGUCGAGCGAAGACAGUCGGUUGGAGCCGAACCAGCCGAGCUUUCCACGAUCCAGGAGGUCGAGAAAGAGCUAUCCGUACCCGUUUCGGAAGGUGGUACACCAGCCUUUGACCAAGUGGUCGAGUCACUCGAACUAGCAACCUUUGACGCGAAAGCAGCAAGAAGUCAGCUGGGUGUCGAAUUGAGCGAAGAGGUCAAGAACGAGCUUAAAGAAUACGUGCGCACCGUCGCUAGUUUGUACAAUGCCAAUCCCUUUCACAAUUUCGAGCAUGCGAGUCACGUCACAAUGUCGGUCAUGAAGCUAUUGAGUCGAAUCGUCGCCCCGGAUAUUGAAGGGGACGAAUCACAACUACACGAUCACACGUAUGGAAUCACCUCGGAUCCAUUGACACAAUUUGCUGUGGUCCUAUCUGCCUUGCUGCACGAUUUGGAUCAUUUGGGUGUUCCCAAUCCUCAGCUCGUGAAGGAAGUACCAGAGCUAGCUCGCCUGUACAAGGACAAGAGCGUGGCGGAGCAAAAUUCCAUCGACUUGGCGUGGGCAUUGUUAAUGGAAGGCAAGUUUGCAACCCUUCGUGGUUCCAUUUACAGCACCACUUCCGAACUCAAGCGCUUUCAUCAGCUGUUGGUCAAUACGAUUUUGGCGACCGAUAUCAUGGACAAGGAUCUCAAGGCCUUGCGGAAUGCCAAAUGGGAAAAGGCCUUUUCACAGGACAUGGUGGGUCGGGAACGAGAGGCUUUGAUUGAAAUCAAUAAUCGCAAGGCAACCGUGGUCAUUGAACAUUUGAUCCAAGCCUCCGACAUUGCCCAUACCAUGCAACAUUGGCAAGUCUACCGCAAAUGGAAUCAACGAUUGUUUAUGGAAAUGUACCGAGCAUACCAAGAGGGCCAUGCCGACAACGAUCCAUCAGAAGGAUGGUACAAAGGAGAGAUUGGUUUCUUUGAUUUCUAUAUCAUUCCCUUGGCCAAGAAGCUGGACGAAUGUGGAGUUUUUGGAGUGUCCAGUCACGAAUAUUUGAACUACGCCCAACAAAAUCGGAGGGAAUGGGAAAAGAAGGGGAAGAGUGUAGUGGCAGAGUACAUGAAGGAAAUACAGCAUGAUGAAGCAGCAUACCCGAGCGGGAAUUUCUAUUUGGAAGAAGAGAAAGAAAUUUGA